UCAUCAACAUGCUUGAUGAAUCUACUUUUGUCAAAUAUUUUCCAGGUGAGAAUUAUGAGGAAGAGACUUGUCAGAAAAACAUUUGACAUGAUUCAAGACAUCUCUGAAAGUGAAAAUAAAGAGGAUUACAAGAAAUUCUGGGAGAAUUUUGGCCGGUUCUUAAAAUUAGGAUGCAUUGAGGACACUGGAAAUCACAAGCGCAUAACACCAUUAUUGCGGUUUUACACCUCCAAAAGUGAAGAGGAGCUGAAGAGCUUAGAUGAUUAUGUCGAGAACAUGGGUGAGAAUCAGAAGGCAAUUUACUAUUUGGCGACUGACAGCCUAAAGAGUGCCAAGAGUGCUCCAUUCUUGGAGAAAUUGCUUCAAAAAGAUAUUGAGGUUCUUUACUUGAUCGAACCCAUCGAUGAAGUUGCAAUCCAGAACUUGCAGACAUACAAAGAGAAGAAAUUUGUUGAUAUUAGCAAGGAAGAUUUAGAGCUGGGCGACGAAGAUGAAGUCCAAGAAAGAGAAACUAAGCAAGAUUACAACCUCCUCUGUGACUGGAUUAAGCAACAACUAGGUGACAAGGUAGCAAAAGUCCAAGUCUCUAAGCGCUUGAGUUCUUCUCCGUGUGUCCUAGUUUCCGGCAAGUUUGGAUGGUCUGCAAAUAUGGAAAGGCUAAUGAAGGCACAGGCUCUCGGAGAUACUUCGAGUUUGGAGUUUAUGAGGGGAAGAAGAAUUUUGGAGAUUAAUCCAGACCAUCCGAUCGUCAAGGAUCUAAAUGCCGCUUGCAAAAAUUCACCGGAUAGCAGUGAUGCUACUAGAGCCGUUGAUCUUUUAUACGAGACAGCAUUGAUAUCCAGUGGAUUCUCUCCUGAUAGUCCAGCUGAAUUAGGAAACAAGAUAUAUGAGAUGAUGGCAAUGGCACUUGGAGGCAGAUGGGGUAGAUUAGAAGACAACGUCGAAGAUGAUGCUUCUGCUGCUGCUGCUGAAUCCGAAAGUGCCGAGGCACCGGAAGUGCAAGUGAUCGAACCCUCGGAAGUGAGGGCAGAGGAUGAUCCAUGGCAGGAUUAGGAUGAAAUUAACCUUGGCUAGAUGUUAGAAGCCAGCCUUUUGACACUGCUUUGAAAGAAACAAGAUAUUGGUGGUGUUUGGCAGAUCAUUCAACAAGUUUUGAUUCAUAAAUGCAUCGAUUUCGAUGAUUAAAUCUGGAUCCAGUGGGAAUAAAAUGCAAAAAGGUACACAAUUCUUGAGAAUAA